AUGGCCACCAAAGGAGCAUACAAGCGAUUGACCAAGGAGUACAUCAACAUCCAGAAGAGCCCCCCAGCCUACCUCUUUGCCCGGCCACUUGAAACCAACAUCUUGGAAUGGCACUAUGUUCUUAAAGGCCCACCUGAGACCCCUUACUUUGGAGGCGAAUACCACGGGAAACUUGUCUUCCCGGCGGAUUAUCCCUUCAAACCUCCAUCGAUCAGGAUGAUUACACCUAACGGACGUUUCCAGGUCAACACUCGACUCUGCCUGAGCAUGUCGGAUUUCCAUCCAGGAACCUGGAACCCAAGCUGGAGUGUGUCGACCAUCCUCAACGGACUUUUGAGCUUUAUGUCGCAGGACGAAUCGACAACAGGAAGCAUCAACACCUCCCGAUACGAAAGGGCCUUGUUGGCUCUUCGCUCUCACGCAUUCAACAUCUCCAACCCCCAAUUCAAAGAAAUCUUCCCAGAGUUGGUGGCGUUGCAGCAGGUUCCUCUUCAUAUUGCAUUCCCCAAUGCCCCUGUUGUGGAGGCACCACCAGUAACCACAACGGCACCUGCCUUGCCGAGUGGAGCUAUUCAGCGCAGGAUGGUCGAUGGUCAGAGAGGAGCAACGGGAGCAGGAGGUCAGGCAGUAUUAGCAGGAGCAGGAGCACAUGGGGCCAACGGAAUAGGAGCAGCAGGAGCAGCGGCAGCUAGGCGGCCGAGUUUGUUCUCGAUGAGUCACUGGCACAAGUGGCUGGCAUUCUUUUUGGUGUUUGCUUACCUUGUCAUUGCCAAGACGAUUACUCGUGCCACGGCAUCUUCUGCCUCAGCAGCGUCUUCACUGCAUUGA